AUGAUGAGUGUUCCUGCCAUAAACACACUGCCCUCUUCAGGAAAUCAGUCCUCGAAAUUAAAUACAAAUUCGACAAGUGGUAGCACACCAGUUCCAUCGAUAGGAGUUUCUGUCAAUCCGAAAAUAGCUGUCAUUCCACCAACACCAAUACACACAUCUCCAAACAAAUCUCCAAUAAAUGUGAAUCAUUCAUCAGUGGCAUUGAGUUUAAUUUAUGAAAAUAAAGUUGUCGGUACACAAGGACAAUCAUCAAUAACCAAAUCUCCGACAGAAAAAACAAACGAAUCACCUGUUGUAAAGCCCACAUCGAAUGGCGUCGACGACUUGAAACUACUUACUCUGAAUGAAGAAACUCAAUCUUCGAGUGUUCCUAGUAGUAAAACGGAGGAAGAUUCAAAUCCUCAAAAUGUUUUAAAUCACGUGGAUGAUAGAAUUUCUCUCACGUCGUGUGAACUUUCCGUUGAUAAUGAUGAACUUUCACAAACGUCAUUUUCUCAGUUAGAAACUUUGACGGCGGAAAAGGUUGAACAAAGCUUAAGUCAAAUUUUUUCAAAGGAUGAUGAUUAUUCGGAGUCAAAUUCAAAUUUGGAAACGCAGCGUUCGACGGAAGAAUCGGUGAAUGACGUCACAUCCGAGAACGCUGAAACCGUAUCGGAUGUAUCGUCGGCGACAAAGAGAAAAAGAGAACAAACGACGCCUGAGAAAAAAUCCAACGAGCCUGAACCGGAACCAGAAAAGAAAACGAGAAGGAUCAGGUCACAAGUUUUGCCCUAUCAGAGUCCAUUGCCAGAGCUUGCUACAUUUAUAAAUAAAUCAUUAAAAGAAAAAGAUUCUGCGCCAAAAAGCAGUGAAGAAAAGCUCAUAGUUUUUUACAGAAAUGAGUUUUUGGCUGUAAGAAAUGCCGAGGGUGGAUUUUACUUGUGCCAAACACUGCAAAAUGUCUACCGUUCUUCUCAUCGGAUUCGAAUAAGGUGGUUGUCACAGGAGAAAGAAAAGAGUAACGAAGAUGGAGAUAUAUACACUCCUGAUUUUUAUGACCUCACAGAUUUCGAAUGUAUUCUAACAACGGUUGCUCUUAAUAAACAAGAUAAAAACAUGUACAAAUUACGUAAGGUAGAAUUAGAGCGCAUUGAAAAUAUAUUAAAAAGAGCAUUAGAUGUAGAAAAGGGAGUGACAGAAAAGCCUUCAAUAACGGAAGAACAUCCGGAUGGAAUCGAUUUGUCUCUCUACAAAGAUGAAAAACAAUUACAAAAGCCUAAAAGAGGAACGAAAAGAACCUCUAGUUCACCGUCCAGGAGGAGUCCUAAACAAGCUAAAAAGGAUGAAUCCGGAGAAAGUGAAAAAUCACAGAAAAAGGGAAAAGGAAAGAGUAAAAGUAAAGCGAUUGGGAAAAAGGUUACAAAAUCCGCAACGGAUAAAAACAAAAGCAAAAAGAAAAGUGGUGGAAAAACAGAAUCAAAGUCUUCUAAAGUUGUGGACCAGUUAAAAAUUUCACCGCCAAACGAAAAGGCUCGAGUCGUGGCAAAAGUACUACGAAAGGUCGACAUUGUUUCGUCAAAGGACGCAUUAUCGACGAAAAAACAGGGGAAAACAAAGGGAAAGAAACCGCAGAAAGUAAACAAAGUCGUUGCGAAAAAAAAAACGGGGAAACCGACGUUGAAAAAGGCAAACGCGAAAGAUGCGUCGGGAAAAGGAGAAUCGACAACAACGUCGUCGCAAACGGACAAGAAACAAAAUGUUAAAAACAAACAAAAUGCAAAUAAUAAUUCAAAGAACAAGAAAAAUUAA